AAUCGUCAACAUGGUAGAUGUCCCUUUAUCCGGUAUAAAACCUACGAGUUUCUUCUUCAAGAAUUAUGCUUCUUCUUCCGGCAAAGUGAGAGAUUGAUGGCUUGGUUAACUCGAUUCCUUGUAGCGGUGGCGUUCCUGGCCAUCGGAGUGAUAUUUUCUCCGGAAACAUUUGGAUCAAAUUCGGAGGGUUUUAAUUCCCCAAAGCUAUCGACGUUCCUGAAGCUGGCUCAUCUCCUCUGUUUUUCCACCGCUUGGGGUGCGGCUCUUUGGGUCACCUUUAUCGGUGGCAUCAUCAUGUUCAAUAAUCUACCGAGACAUCAAUUUGGUAAUCUACAAAGCAAGAUGUUUCCAGCGUAUUUUUCAAUGGUGGGACUUUGUUGCGCAAUAUCCACUGCUUCAUUUGCUUAUUUACACCCAUGGAAGUCAGCAUCCACUGCUGAAAAGUACCAGCUUGGGUUUCUACUAUCUGCUUUUGCCUUCAAUCUCACCAAUUUGUUUGUCUUUACUCCCAUGACCAUUGAGAUGAUGAAGCAAAGACACAAAGUUGAGAAGGAAGAGAACAUUGGGGAAGAAAUUGGGUGGACAAAGAACAGGGAAGUUGCAAAGGUUAAUCCAAAGCUUGCAGCGAUGAACAAGAAGUUUGGGAUGAUCCAUGGGUUAUCAUCCCUUGCUAAUAUUAUGUCAUUUGGCAGCCUUGCCAUGCACUCAUGGUACUUGGCGGGCAAGAUCAAUCUGUAAUUUGAGGUCUAUUGGCAUUGGCAGGGAACCUUGUGUUCUAGAUAUAGAUUUGAUUAAUUAAACGAGGACUGUUUGUGCUA